GACCGGGGUGCUUUGGGGGAACGGAAGUUGUUGCUGUGCUCUGCCUGGCGCUUCAAGCUGGAGGGAUGAAGGCCUAAAAGGAGUCAGUGGUGGGAAUGCGGAUACCCCUCGUUACACAGAAGACGACGACGAAGGAGAGCUGCCCAUGCUUUCUAGGACUUACUUCUCCACUUGGGGCUGGAAGGUUUUUCCUUUUUUCUGCCUAUCUGGAGGAUGCAGCAGGAGCAAACCAAAUCUGCAAGAGGUUUGUCCCUUAUCUGCUAGAAACAGAUGUGCCACAGAUUUGUACUAGACUGCCAAAUACUUGAUUAGAACAAUUUUAACAGCCGAGUGAAUAAGUUGUGUGGUUACUGAAGGCUUACAACAUUUUCUGGAUCCCAGCAGUCAUGUCCUAUGUGUUUGUAAAUGAUUCUUCCCAGACAAGCGUACCUUUGCUGCAAGCUUGCAUUGAUGGAGACUUUAAUUAUUCCAAGAGACUCCUGGAGAGUGGCUUUGAUCCAAAUAUUCGUGACAGCCGAGGGCGAACAGGGCUCCACUUAGCAGCGGCUCGAGGAAACGUAGACAUCAGUCAGCUGUUACACAAAUUUGGUGCUGAUCUUCUGGCUACCGACUACCAAGGUAACACAGCCCUUCACCUGUGUGGGCAUGUGGAUACCAUUCAGUUCCUGGUCUCCAAUGGACUCAAAAUAGAUAUUUGCAACCACCAAGGUGCAACUCCUCUUGUUUUGGCAAAACGAAGAGGGGUCAAUAAAGAUGUGAUUCGCUUGCUGGAAUCUCUGGAAGAACAAGAAGUCAAAGGAUUCAACAGAGGAGCUCAUUCAAAGCUGGAAACUAUGCAGACAGCUGAAAGUGAAAGUGCAAUGGAGAGCCAUUCCCUUCUCAAUCCCAAUCUGCAGCAAGGUGAAGGAGUUCUCUCCAGCUUCCGAACGACAUGGCAAGAGUUUGUGGAGGACCUUGGCUUCUGGCGAGUGCUGCUCUUGAUCUUUGUCAUCGCCUUGCUCUCCCUUGGGAUUGCAUACUAUGUCAGUGGAGUGCUUCCUUUUGUAGAAAAUCAGCCCGAACUGCUCCAUUAAAGGCCAUGUAAAUAAACAGUGCUCUUACUAUUAUUUUUAGCUCCUCAGAUUGUUUUCCUCAGUACAGGCAGCUGCCGCCUACAUACUGUUGAUGUUUCUAUAUAUUCCCACAUAGAGGAUCCUGUCUGAAUUGAGGAUGCAUUAAUUCCAGAUAAACAGAAUUAAACUUAUAGUUAUUUCUGUGAUACCUGUAACAUGUCUUGGGUCAUACGUUACUAUUAGCAUGUUGUAUGGAUAAGUUCAGUGAUAGAUAGAAAGGGUCCUGGAUUCUUCUAGAGAAGGAAGGUGUAUUUUGGAAAUGGGACCAAGUCAUUAACAUUUCUUUAAAGCAGACUGUUAUGUGAGUGGACCAUGUCUGUCCUUCUGGGUAUUUAAAGGUCAUGACUUUUUGCCAGAAAUAUCCAUAUUAUAGUAAUAUAAGGGCACUUAUCUUUGUUACUAACAAGUACAUGUAUUUCAUGAAAUGACAUGCCAUAUCUUUAUUAUUUCCUUUGUUUUAAUUUUAAAUGUGUUAGAUUUUCAUUUAUUGCUUCACGCUAACUCUCUAGUUUACCUAGUCUAGCUGGGCAAUAUUAAUAACUCUUUCUAAAUGAAUUUUCUUUUGUUGUUAUAAAAAUAAACACUCACAGCCUUCAGAAAUGUGUUUAUUUUUCUCUAUUGGGGAGAUAUCUUUUUCUCAAAAAUAAAUUUUCACUUACAAACUUGUGCUAUUCAGCAAAAUUGUCUGUGUAAAAUAUCGGUCUUUUAGAUGUUUUCAAGAACUAGAAAAGAUUAUCACAUUAGCAUGUCAUUAAAUGUCAUAAUUGUGAAAAAAUGUAUUGUUCUAAUAUUCAUAACUUUUCAGGCAGCAUAAAGCUGCGGGAUGCACCGAGUGUCCUAUGUUCUCAAUAUGUAAGAUUAUUGUUGGUGAACUGAUAUGUGGCUUAGCAGUACUCUCAGUUUGAGGUCAUGUUGAUGAUUUCCAUAGCUAUAAAAUCUUACUAAUGCACUCUUGGAAAGAUGGUAUAACUAGCAGCUAGGUAGCAGAGGCAUCUUUAUGGCUCAUGUGUCCAUCUGGCUUCAGAGCCGAAGUCAGAGAACAGAUCUGAUUUUUCUAGAGCAGAACCCAAUGAUCGUGUUUGUAAACGCACACACAAUGCACACAACACACACGACUAUGGGACAGACAGGGAGAAUUUUAGGUAAAUGCAACCGCCCAAAAAUGAGUUUAAUGUCAAAUCUAUUCAUCUGGCAGGGGAUUCCUAGCAGCUGUAUGAAGCAAAAGGAUAUUGAAGCAUUUUAUAAGCUCCUGUCCUAAAUUGCUGCUUGAAGGUAUUUAUUAUUACAGGCAAACAAAUAGCAAGCAUUAUCCCUUUAUAAUAUGCCUUUCCGUAACCUGAGAAUGAUCCAGCCAAAUUCAUCAUUUUUUAAGGCACCUUUUCCCAAAAAUUAGAUUGGUAUGGGCUUAAUAGACCCACUGAAAAUCAUUUCACCAUUUUAUAAAAGGUAAAGUAAAUCAGGAAAAUUCCAAAUUAGGAUACAAAAUAAUUGAGUAGUCACUUUGGUAUGCAAAUAGUUAUACUUAAGGAAUAAAAGAUAAUAUCAACUGGUGUAAGUAAGGAUUGCUUUAACAUAGAAUUUGUAUGACCUCACAAUUUCUCUUCCAUGUUAUGCUCCUGUAAUGACUUAGUUACAUUCUAAGCAUGACUGUAUAUUCCAAAUAAAUGUAUAUACUAAUA